AUGGCCGAUGUUGAUAGAUCCAGCAAUGCUCCGUCAGAUCCCUUCUCAGAUCAAGCGGGAAUCCACGACGAACGAGAUAUAAUUGCCGAAGCGACCUUGAGCGUUGGCAGAAAUGCCACGCUGACCCUCGGCACCGACGCGGUUAUCGUCCUAGACGAGGGUUUACGCAGUCGAAGAGGCUUCAAUUGCUUCGGGUGUCUCCCCCAGAGAACGACGAAUACCCGAUCUAUUCCUUACUUCAACAUCCUCUGGGCCGAAACCGUCAAAGGCGACCUUACCAUUCACUAUGCGAAGCCCACCUCGAAGUCCCCUAAGUCUUCCGUUCGCGUUUCCUACAUCAAUUACACACUAGAGAACACUACGACGCAGUCUGAGAAGGCAGAGAGAUGGGCCCAACGACUGCUGGAUCGGGCAUACGGACAUGCGCAGCGCAAGAAGAGGAUCAAGGUGUUGAUCAAUCCUUUUGGCGGAAAAGGCAAAGCGGUCAAACAACACAGUAAAGAGAUUGAGCCCAUAUUUGCUGCAGCGAGGUGCGAGGUGGAUGCCGAACGAACUACACAUCGGGGUCAUGCGAUUGAGAUCGCCCAGAACCUUGACAUCAAUGCCUACGAUGUUUUGGCCAGCUGUUCGGGUGAUGGACUGCCGCACGAAUGUAUCAACGGACUUGCAAAGAAAAGCAACGCGGUGGAGGCUCUGAGAAAGGUCGCCGUCGUCCAACUUCCUUGUGGCACUGGCAACGGCAUGUCAUGGAACUUGAACGGCACCGGCGACUGCAGCACAGCGGCACUAUGCAUUGUAAAAGGUGUUCGAACGCCGCUAGAUCUCGUCAGCAUCACGCAAGGGGAUACCAGGACGCUCUCGUUCCUUUCGCAGUCUCUAGGGAUCGUGGCCGAGAGCGAUCUGGGAACCGAGAACAUUCGCUGGAUGGGAGACGCACGGUUUUACUAUGGUUUCCUCGUUCGGCUCAUGGGGAAGACACUCUAUCCUGUCGACAUUGCGGUGAAGACGGAGAUCGAGGACAAGCAGGACAUCAAGCGACACUACGCCGAGCAGAUGGCAAAAAGGGCAACGCAGGCAGCAAUAUCCAAAACCGACCUGGAUGGGCCUCUGGAUACCUCGACGGGACUUGGUCUCCCUCCACUGCAAUAUGGCACUGUCAAGGAUCCUCUCCCUAUCGGCAAUGGCUGGACUCCGUUGCAGCACUAUCCUAACUUGGGGAACUUCUACUGCGGCAACAUGAGCAUGAUGGCGGCUGAUGCACCGUUUUUCCCUGCGUCUCUUCCAUCCGACGGUCUGAUGGAUCUGGUCACCAUCGACGGCGACAUUCCACGAAGAAUAGCUCUCGACCUGUUACUUUCUGUGCCCAACAACGCCUUCUUCGACAAGGAAUCCGUCCGAUACCGCAAAGUGAGUGCUGUUCGUGUAAUUCCGCGGUACGGAACGCUGGCAGACUCGACCGCGGAGAACAAGAAGAACGCUAGCCGAGAUGAAGGCUGUUUCGCGGCGGAUGGUGAGAAGAUGCCCUUUGAGGCCUUCCAGCUCGAGGUCCACAGGGGCCUGGGAACGGUGUUGAGUCGGAGAGCGGGCGUAUACGAGGCACCUGGGCCAAAAGCCUGGGAGGACAUUGACGGCGCGGCUAUUGCUGGGACGCAAAGAUUAUAG